AUGAAAUUGGUUGAUAUUUUAUUCGUACUGACUGCAGCAGCAACCACUAAUGCAAUACUGAUACCGACUAAUAACAAUGGCUCACCACAAGCAUCAGGCACUUCCAGUCAAAUGUCUGGCUCAACCAGUGAACCUAGUUCAGACACUUUCGAUCAAAAAUGGCAAGACAUAAUGGAUAUAGUUGAUCCAAGUACUUCCAGACGAGGUCGAAAACGGCCAAUUGAUGAACUUGGUCCAAGUAUUUCUGAACAAGAUUGGAAAGCCAUAAUUGAUAGGCCUGAUCCAGGAAUUCCGGAAGACUGGCGAGACUUGGUUGAUGCAGUCAAUUCAAAUAUUCUCAAAGACCAGCAACAAUCAAUUGAUCAACCCAGUCCGAGCACUCCCAAACGAGGUCGAAAACGGCCGAUUGAUGAACACGGUCCGAGUGCUUCCAAACAAAGUCGGAAACAAUCAACUGAUGAACCCGGUCUCGUAUUUCCCGACAAAUACUGGCAACGCUUAAUAGAUGAAGUUGAUUCAGACGCUUUUAAAGACUGGAAAGAACUGUUUGAUAUAGUUGAUCAAAGUACUUCCAACCAAAACAAACAACAACCAAUGAUUCAGUCCAAUCCAAGCACUUCCAGUCAAGACCAACAACAGCCAACUGAUAUAGUUGAUCCAAGUACUUACGGUCAAAACCAGCAAUAUUCAACGGAUACAAUUAAUUCAAGUAUUCUCGACGAAAACUGGAGAAAUCUAUUUGAUAUAGCUGAUUCAAGCACUUCCAACCAAGUUUCUGACCCAACUAAUGAGCCUAAUCCAAAUAUUUCCGAUCAAACCCAGCAACAUCCAGUGGAUGCAAUUGGUUUAAGCAUUUCCAACGAAGACUGGCAAGAAAUAAUUGAUGCAGCCAAUCCAAGCACUUCCAGUCAAAACCAACAACAACCAAUGAUUCAUAACGAGUCUACCAAUACUGUUACAAAUCAAAUAGCUAGAUUAAGCCAAAAAUAUCAGAUAACCCUUGAUGGCAUGAAAAAAAGACUUGUAGAGUCUAAAGAAAUACGAGACAAAAAACGCAAAGAAUAUUAUGGAUCUAUGGCUCUUGGAUUCAAACAAUGGUCAGCGCUAGAAAGAGGAGAAGAAAUAUCUGGAUCAAGAUACGAUCCAGACACUGAAAUACGAUUGAAACACGAGUAUGAAAAGGCAGGAGCAAAAAUACGCAGUAUCAGACAAGACUUGAAAAGGUUUAUGAAAAAGCAUGGUUUGAGAUUUGAAGAACCGAAUUAG